AUGCCGGCUAAGGGAUGGAGAAAAGACGAGCAGGAGUCGAACUUCGACACGGUGCUGCUCAACGAAAACCUGUCGAUCGACAGCUUCCUGUUCCCGAAAGCAACCAUCAACAAGAUAUGCAAGCAGGCCUUGCAGUCGGCCAGCGGCGUCGGCAGCGGCAGCGCCGACAGCGGCGGCAGCUUCCUGUUGGCGAAGGACACGCAGACGGUGAUACAGCGGUCUAGCAUCCUCUUUGUGAACUUCAUCUACCACCAUGCGAAGCAGAUCGUGAAGCUGCAGAACAGGAAGGUCGUCAACGCAGACGACAUCAUCAACGCGCUGGUGCAGGUCGGGUACGGCGAGUUUGCGCCGAUUCUCAGCGACGAGUUGCAGCGGUUCAACGCCAAGAAGGAGGCGAAGAAG